GAAACUAAUCCAACAACGCAUUCCUAAAAAAUUGAGCUUUCAGCUUCAUUAAACGGGAAGAAAUUUGGAUACUUGAGAACAAUCUUGUUCGGACAAAACAAUCUCAUAAAAAUAAAUCAACUGAAGUCCAGUUUAACAUUCUGACACGUCGUAAACUAAGAUGAAGAAUAUCGCAAUUUUUCUUGCUGUAGCUGUGUUAGUUCUUAGCCAGUACAUUUCGUCCGUUGAAUGUCGGACAUUGAUGAUCAGUUCACCGAUACAAGACCGAUAUAGCACAAUACCACCAUUCUACGCAUAUAUACUGAAAAAGCGCAAUGUGGAAAAUGAUGUGAAUUUGCAGACGAGAGUCAAACAAGCGACGAAACGCGACCAAGUCGGAUUAAUAGUUUCAUUUUUGCCCGAGAUGCACCCAAUCUUAGUUCCAAUACUUUGUGAGAGCCAUACACCUAUUUCCUUAAGGCAUCACGAGGUGAAUUAUUUGAAAGUGAAAGUUAUGACUCGAAAAGGUCUCAGUUUUUAAUCGAGAGUAUCUUGAGGUUGCAGCUUCAACGUUUGAAACCUCAAGCUCAGUACUAAGUUGUAGGAAUCUCCAUUGUC